GUGUAUUUGCGGACGUUUGCACAUAACUCAACUUAAAGCACGUGUCGGGCAAAAUGACUAUAGUAGCAGUUUUAAUAUGCCUAAGUGUGUCUGUCACGGCAUACAGUCUACCUCAUCCACGUAUCAGUGGCCAAUCCUUACACAAUUUCCCGCUCAUAUCUCGAGAAGAAUGGAACGCAAACCCGGCAUUAGGUGCUACAACAAAUCUUAACACACCGGUGCCAUUCGUGGUUAUACACCAUUCAUACCAGCCCGGAGCUUGCAACAGUACCGACGAGUGCAUGAGGGCUAUGAGAUCGAUGCAGAACUAUCAUCAAUUCAGCAACGGCUGGGUGGAUAUCGGUUACAAUUUUGCGGUUGGUAGCGACGGGCAUGCGUAUGAAGGACGUGGAUGGAAUGCAGUUGGCGCGCAUGCAUUCGGCUACAAUACCAACAGUAUUGGGAUUGUACAGAUCGGUGACUGGAGAUCAACAGUCCCGCCUGCAGUUCAACUCAAAACAACAAAACAGCUGAUCGAAGCUGGCGUACGAAUGGGCAUCAUCAGUCCUGACUACAAGUUGAUCGGCCACCGUCAAGUUAAAAGUACUGAAUGUCCCGGUGACGCGCUGUUUAGCGAGAUCUCGACAUGGGAUCAUUUUGAAUCUAAUGUUUAGGUAACGAUGUACUUAAAACAACUAAUGACGCCUCUAUGACAAUAUUAUAUAUAUAAUUUAUUCUUUUUUAUUUAUUAAACACAAGACAAUUAUGACUAAUAAUAUUUUUAUUUAGUAAAACACCACGGUUGAUAUAUGAAAAUUCAACAUACAAAAACCUCAGUGAUUUUAAAAUUAUAUAACUUUAUAAUUUUUUUGACUCUAAAUUGUUUUUGCAUACCUACCUGAUUAUACAGUAGGUAACUACGUUAUUCAUUGAAACCUUAAACACCUUUGAAAAAAAACACACCUGGUGUUCUUACAAUACCUACCUUUUUUCUAUACUAAUUUAUCAUUCUGAAUAGAAUGUUUAAAUAUUAAUAAAUAUAGUAAUGAUUUAUUUUUCUUGAUAUAUGAUUAUUAAAUAAAAAUCUUAUUAAGUAGGUCUGUAACGUGAGAUUUUUUAAAUUAUUAUUAAAUUAAAAAAAAUGUAAUAUAUUUAUAAAAAUGUGACAAAUAAUAAUUAAUUUGGUAUAGCGGUUGACUACAAUAACAGACUGACUUCUCUCUUUGUCAUCAGUACAUAAACAUUCGUAAGAAAAAAAACAGUAGUUAAGUACCUAAGGUAAUAAAAUUUGCAUCUCAA